AUGUCGCUCAACGCACUCCAGACACCCGAAACGCCGCUCAAGCCGGCGCAUCCUGCACUCAGGCUCCCUGUGAUGCAGCUGCCGCCGCUCGUGUCCGAUGCGGAAACGCAAAACAACCGUGCAGCCAACGAGGCGCUGAUUCGCGAGCUCGAACAGCGUACCCAGAGCGUCCUCAACCAAGGCAGUGGCAGGACGCAGCAGCUGCACCUCAGCCGUGGUAUGCUGCUGGCUCGCGACCGUAUCGCACUGCUGCUCGACCAAGACUCGCCUUUCCUGCAGCUGUGCACAUUUGCUGGCUACGAGCAAAAGGAUUGCACGCCUUCCGGCAGCGUCGUUGGUGGUAUCGGCCUUGUCAGCAACACGCUGACCAUGUGCAUUGCGCACAUCCCCACGCUGCAAGGUGCAUCGGCCAACCGGGCUCAGAUCGCCAAGAUCCAGCGUCUGGGCCAGAUUGCCCACGAGAACAGAUUGCCCAUCGUAUUUCUUGUACACAGUGCCGGUGCCAGUCUGCAACAGCAGUUUGAGUUCCACCACGGUGCUCGUCAAUUCUAUGACUUGGCCACUCGCUCGCAGGAUGGCAUCCCCACGUGCUCUGUGGUGUUUGGCCAGUGUCCUGCAGCGGGCGCCUACACGCCAGGCAUGUCGGACAUGACCAUCAUGAUCCGCGAGCAGGCGCAGCUCUUCCUCGGUGGCCCUCCUCUGGUCAAAAUGGCGACAGGAGAGGUGAGCAACGCAGAAGAGCUGGGCGGAGCCGAGAAGCACGCUACCGUCUCUGGUGUCGCGGACUGUUUGGUCAACAACGAGGUCGAGGCGAUCACAGAGGCGCGAUACUGGGUCGCUUCGCUCAACUGGGGUGAACGCAUCUCGCGGCCCGAGUCGCUACGGCUGCCUCAGUGGGACAGCCUCGAGCCGCUGUACUCGAUGGACUCGCUGCUCGACGUGGCUCAGGCCAACAUCAAGAAGCCGUGGCGCAUCGAGCAGCUGAUCGCACGCAUCACCGAUGGCAGCCGCUUCAACGAGUUCAAGCCACUCUACGGUGCAAACACGGUGACGGGUUUCGCCUACGUCGCCGGUCACCCCGUAGGCAUCAUUGGCAACAACGGGGUGCUCAAUCCUUCAGAUGCACAAAAGACGACGCAGUUCAUCCGGCUGGCCAACAACAACAACGUGCCGCUCCUCUUCCUCCACAACAUCUCUGGGUUCAUGGUUGGACGCGAGUUUGAGGCCGCAGGCAGCAUCAAGUACGGUUCGCUGCUCAUCAAUGCCGUAGCCAACUCGAAAGUUCCGCACAUUUCCAUCAUUGUCGGGUCGAGCUACGGCGCGGGAAACUGCGCAAUGUGUGGACGCGCGUACGAUCCUCGCUUCCUCUUUACAUGGCCACAGGGGAGGACGUCGGUCAUGGGUCCCGACGCGCUGGCUGGAGUCGUGGAUAUGGUGGAGCGCGAGAUCCUCAGCCGCAGCGGAAAGCCCAUCGACGAGGCUCGCCAGCAAAAGCGCAGGGAAGCCAUGUUCAACAAGGUCUCGACCGAGUCGGAUGCCUACUACGCUUCCAGCCGCAUGAUGGACGACGGCAUCAUCGACCCGCGAUCGACGCGUCAGGUCGUUGGAUUCUGCCUCGAGAUCUUUGCUCAGGAAAAGAUUCAGGGCAACCCGGGCUUCGGUGGCGUCUCGCGCAUGUGA